AUGGCCUCGAAUAAACACCCCAGCGGCCAACAGGCCAAGCCCUUCACGCCCACAAUGAGUUCUACGUUUCGAGCCACAAAAAACCCUUUGACUCCUAAGCUUGCAGGCUAUACUCCCACCCGCACUACACGCAAUAUCGUGUAUACGGAAUCCACCCAGCAACAGCGAAACGGAAUCUCCCGGCCCGCAACUUCGACUCCAACCUCCUCCUCCCUUUUGAGCGCCAAUGUAACCCCCAGAUCGGGGCUACGACUAUCCAGGCGGGACGGAAAUGCUUCGCCAGCGGAAACGUCUCCAGCCUCUCAACAUGCCUUAUUUCCAGCUAUCAACGAUGUCCACCAACCUGCAUCCCCACACAACCACACCCCGAAACGUGAUAAUCCUGCUAUAUCGAUCCCAAGACUAGCGAGAGCCAGGAGUGUAGCAAACGAGAUGCAGCUACCUACCCCGACAUCCCGCCCGACCUCAUCCUGUGGUAGUUCCGGUGCCUUGUCUAUGUUCUUUCAUGCGGACGAUACUAGGUCUCCACCGUCCACAAGCGAUCUUGACCACCGGCCAGGGUCUCUACAUAAUCAACCCGCACCAACCACCUUUCUCUAUGCUGAUGGCACCACCACUGGCAGUUCACAUCGUGAACCACCAAGGGCUGCUACGCCGUCGGACAAAGCUGCUCGCGUAGCCUCACUCAGACAACCGGACCUUUCGGCCCCGUCACGAUCGAAACAACCCUAUAUAUCAACUACGUUACCCAGAGAUUCCCAAAUACUCCGACAUGACCGGACGCCCGCAAGUCCGAAUCCCACACUACUCCCAGGCCUAGACGCCCGGCGAGACCAACAGUCACCUACCCAACCUGAGUACACCUGCGUAUUUAACAGCGCCACGAGGCGCCCUUCCCACACAAAAUCUUCAAGUAUGGACACAUCGGAAUAUGGGAGACACCGGAAACACGAUCUGCUAGGAACUGUACACGGAAGUUCGCAUCUCCCAUCCACAAGCCAGCUGCCUUCGCCAAGUUCAAUUUCGCGCGACAAACGGGCGAGGGUUAUGCCCCCACAUAUCCUUCCAUGUCUGGCAAAUCAUAGCCCAGCCAGGGAGGACCCGCCUCGAAACGCUGAUAUAGAUAAGAUAAAUGAACUAGCAUCAAAUGCUCGCCGAGAGCGUAAGGUCCUUGAUCUUGAGAUCAGCAAUUCGUCCCUGUUAGCAAUUAACCGCAUUCUUGAACGGGAAUUGCGGAAACAGAGCGCUGAACUACGUCGCUACCGCCGGCUGACCCGAUCUGGCCGCUUCUCCAUGACUGAGUCUACUCUGUCCGCCCCCGGACGGACCCUUUCCAUUGUUGGCUCAACAGAUGAUGAGCCUAGUGAUAUAUCACUGACCGAGGACUCGAAUCAGGACCCUUCAACCUCCAGCGACAAUGGGUCAACACGUUCCCAUGACGAGACUGCGACCUUGAAUGAACCAACCGGGAACGACGCAAAACAUCGAAUUAGAGAUGAGAAGCGAUUUAUCCUGGACUUUGGGAAACAUCAACAACUUCUUAUCAACAGCCAAAAGAUGAAUCAAAGCAUCAAGCGCUGCCUAGGGUGGACAGAAAGCCUGAUCCAAGAGGGCAAAAAAGCCCUGGACUAUCAUGUCCGUGUCAGUGACAUUGAUAUUGGCGGCAGAGUGCUUGCACCUGAUGAACUAGAGGGAGAAGCGGAAGGUCGCCGUGGCCUGCUCAGCCCAACAUCAGGGGUGGCUGAACUAUAUCGGCCCCCGAACCCUUCUCCGUCCGACAUCAGGCUACCAGACUCGGACUAA